UAUAAAUGACACACCAAUUACGUGGCACAGCAUGCGAGUGUGUAAAUAACGUUCAAAAUGUGUUUUGCAAUAGGAGAAAUAGUUUCAUGCUGUCUAUUUAUAUCUUAUAUUCCACCAAAAAUUUAUGGUUAUGACAUUUUUUAAUGUGUGACCUGCGGCAAGUAUAAUUUCCGCCACAUUUGGAGGGGUCAUUUCUAUUUUAAGUAGUUAUAAAACUGUGCCUCAUUUGUAAAAUCAAAAUUGCCUUAAAUUUUGCUUCUUUUCGUAUAAAUACUACUAUAUUGAAGAGCAAUUUUUUGUUGUUUUCUCCUUAGUUAUCAAAAGUCUAUUAUUGCACUAGUUUAGCAAUGAAUUGGUGGUUAUUGGCAGUGUCAUGUAGCUUAUUAACGCUAUCGGUUGAAAGCAGAGAGUUUACAGUUGAUUACAAGAACAAUGUGUUUCUGAAAGAUGGCGAGCCAUUUCAAUACAUCUCUGGGUGCAUGCACUAUUUUCGCGUUCCUCGAUAUUACUGGCGUGAUAGGCUUCGAAAGAUGAGAGCAUGUGGAUUGGAUGCGGUGCAAACAUAUAUUCCGUGGAAUUUUCAUGUAGUAGAUGGUUCUUAUCGAUUUGAUGGCGAACAUGACAUUGCGGCUUUCCUCGGAAUGGCACAAGAGGAGGGUCUUCUUGCUAUUAUAAGAGGUUUUCCCUUUUCUGAUACAGAGUGGGACAUGGGAGGCUUACCCAGUUUUCUGUUAAAAUCAAAAUAUAAUCCUCGAGAAAAUCCAAUAGGUCUCCGAACAUCUGACCCAAGAUUUUUGUCUGCUGUAAAGGAUUGGCUUGGUGUCAUACUCCCAAUAUUGAAGCAAUAUUUGUAUAACAAUGGUGGCCCGAUAAUAAUGAUACAAAUAGAAAACGAAUACGGGAGCUAUUACGCACAAGAUACUACGUAUUUAAAAUCAUUAUACUAUGAUAUUGAUACCAUGCUGAAUGAGAAUGUCGUCCUUUUUACAACGGAUGGUGACGGCGCUAGCUAUUUGGAACAUGGGCAUAUUGAUGGAGUAUUUCAAACAGUAGAUUUUGGACCAGGGGCAAAUGUCACUUCUUCUUUUACCCUACUGAGAAAAUUUCAGCCUGAUGGGCCUCUUGUCAAUUCAGAAUACUAUACGGGAUGGUUAGAUCAUUGGGGUGAAAACCAUCACAGGACAUCGUCGGAAGCGAUUUGUAAAAUAUUUGAUGAAAUGCUAGCAGCAGGUGCAUCUGUAAACUUUUACAUGUUUACCGGAGGAACUAAUUUUGGAUACUGGAGUGGAUCAAAUGGUGGUUCAAUCUCACAAGUUACAACCAGCUAUGACUAUGAUUCACCAAUAAGUGAAAACGGAGACACAAUGGAAAAAUACUUCAAAAUUCAAGAAGUUAUUUCAAGAUACAAACCACUGCCUCAUAUAUCAGUACCACCGAAUAUUACAACAAUUAGCUAUGGAUCAUUGAAGUUAACUAACCAAGGCUCUUUUUGGGACCAUUUAACAUCACUUUGCCCGGAUGGGCCUGUUAUAGGAUCUUCGCCAUUGUCAUAUGAAGAUUUAGAUGUGGUAGGAGGGUAUGUUCUAUACAGGACCACUGUACCACCAUUGUUUCAAAGAUACGGUGGCCAAAAUGUCAAUUUAACACUUGAGAAUUCAGUUCGUGACCAUGCAAAGAUAUAUGUCAACCAAAAUUAUGUUGGACAACUGGAAAGAGGUUCACAGACUUUAAAUUUAGGAGCAUGUUCUGAAGGAGAUCAAAUUGAUAUAUUAGUUGAAAGCAGAGGACGAUUGUCUGUCGGUACUGGCAUCAAUGAUACCAAAGGGAUUGAUGGGAAAGCGAAAAUUUCAAUUGGCACAAUAUACAUAGCCUGGUUAACAAAUUGGGAAAUGUAUCCGUUGAAUUUGAAAAACAUGGCUCUAAAUUUAAAAAGCAGUGAACAAACAAACGGAGUGAAUAUGGAACAGGUACCUGCAAUAUACACAGGAACAUUGUUUGCUCAAACAGUCGCAGAUACUUUUAUAGACUUAUCAGGAGGCAGCUGGACAAGUGGUUAUGUUUUAGUAAAUGGUUUUAAUCUAGGAAAAUUCCAACCAAAACAAGGACCUCAAAUAACUUUGUAUCUCCCAACAAAGACUAUUUUAACUGAUGAACCAAUUCUGCAUUUCACACUUUUUGAGAUGAAUCCGAGUCCAACAUGUGCAGUGGCAUCAAGUUCCUGCACAAUUAACCUGAUUGAUCAUCCAAUGAUUGGGUAAAUUUUCACCAACCAUAUAACGAAAUUAAUAUGGCCGU